CAUGGGGAAUUCAUAUGCAGGGCAACUAAAAUCUGCCCGUUUUGAAGAAGCUCUUCAUAACUCUAUAGAAGCUUCUCUGAGAUGUAGCAGCGUGGUCCCACGGCCGAUCUUCUCACAGCUGUACCUGGAUCCUGACCAGCCUCCUUUCUUGCCGGAAGAUGUGAAGCCAAAGGUAGAAGAGCUGGAUAAAGAGUUAGUACAUCGCUAUUCACAAAAUGGAAACCUGGACUUUUCUACCAACCAAACUGCUAAUGAAAUGGAAGAUGAAGAGGAGGAUGAAGACAUGUCAGAUUCAAGUAGUCCACCAAUCCCAUAUUCACAAAAACCUGCCCCAGAAGGGUCUUGCACUACUGAUGGUUUUUGUCAAGCAGGCAAGGAUUUACGGUUAGUAUCUCUGUGCAUGGAGCAAAUUGAUAUCCCCGCAGGCUUCCUGUUAGUAGGAGCCAAAUCUCCCAACCUUCCUGAGCACAUUCUAGUGUGCGCUGUUGACAAGCGGUUUUUGCCAGAUGAUCAUGGAAAAAAUGCACUUUUAGGAUUUUCUGGGAAUUGUAUAGGCUGUGGAGAAAGAGGAUUUCGGUACUUCACAGAGUUUUCUAAUCAUAUCAACCUGAAAUUAACCACUCAGCCAAAGAAGCAGAAGCACUUAAAGUACUACCUAGUAAGAAGCUCCCAAGGUGUACUGUCAAAGGGACCCCUAAUUUGCUGGAAAGAAUGUAGAAGCAGGCAAUCAUCUGCUGCUAGCCUCUCUGCUAAACCAAAUCCUUCGGUGUCACCGUCCACGACCCCAGAGGGUGGAUCAGCUAAUGGAUACAAAUCAGGGUUCACUCAGACAGAUUCUUCAGUAUUCAGUCCAGCAAAAUCAUCUUCUGCUAUUAAUUUAAGUGGAACUCAAGACCCAUCCCGGAACAAGAACAUCGUGAAACCUCUGGCUUUGUCAGUACAGCUUGUAGGAAAAGCAUUUGCUGCAGCUCCUCUUUCGCUGCGUGCCACUGAUGUUGCUAAUGGAAACGCUAAUGGAGGAAGAAAUAACUUAUUGAGUUCUACAGUCUCUCGGCCAAUGCCUCACUCGACAUCUCCCAGUCCUGGCUGUGCAGCUGGAGACCAAGCAUCAAUGUCAAGUUCUGGACCACCAAAGAAACGUCACCGGGGAUGGUCUCCUGGGUCCCCAGUUCCUCCUCCUGGUUUGGCAGUACCUGUUCCUACAAUUCGGCCUGCAGCAAGAACAGAGCCUCUUUUGUCAGCCCCAGUUCCACAAUCCAUGUUAACUGGAAUUUUACAGCCUCAACCCAUCCCAGCAGGGGAGACUGUAAUAGUUCCUGAGAACCUGCUGAAUAACUCGGGAGUUAGACCAGUGAUUCUGAUAGGUUAUGGCACUUUACCAUAUUUCUAUGGAAAUGUCGGUGAUAUUGUUGUAAGUCCCUUGCUGGUGAAUUGCUAUAAGAUUCCACAGGUGGAAAACAAGGACUUGGAUCUCUUGGGUUUGACCAGCAGUCAGCUGCUAAGUGUGGAGAAUAUGAUACUGUUAACUAUUCAGUAUCUUGUCCAACUAGGUCCUGACCAGAUACCCCUGAGGGAAGAAUUUGAGCAGAUCAUGUUGAAAGCUAUGCAGGAGUUCAGUCUGAGAGAGCGAUCCUUGCAAAUGAGCGCACAGUGUGUCACUGUGUCACCAGGUCAACUCCCUUGGCUUGCUAGGUUAAUCGCUAGUGUGUCCCGGGACCUUGUGCACGUGGUUGUAACCCAGAAUUCGCUGGCAGAGGGCAUCUCGGAGACCUUGAGGUCUCUUAACGAAAUGAAACAUCAGCAAAAGCUACCAGAUUAUGUAGUUGCCAUUUGUACAUCAAAGAUAAGAGGAAAUGAGUUCUGCGUAGUAGUCCUGGGUCAGUAUCAGUCUAGGGCACUUGCGGAAAGCAUGCUUACUACCAGUGAAUUUUUAAAGGAGAUCAGCUAUGAGCUCAUCACAGGGAAAGUUAGUUUCCUGGCAUCGCAUUUCAAAAACACAUCUUUAGGUGAUGAUUUGGACAAGCUGCUGGAGAAAAUGCUACAGCAGCGAGGGGAAAGUGUCAUUAUUCCUUUCAAUGGAGAUGUUAGCGAGUGUGUGUCAUCGCAGGAGGCAAUUGCCAUGGUUUCUACACAAGAACCAGAUUUGGAUGUUGAUACCUUCCAAAUUUACCAGCCACAGCUUACAGUUGCCAGAAAGCUCUUGUCCCAGGUUUGUGCUAUAGCAGACAGUGGCAAUCAGAGCCUGGAUCUGGGCCACUUCAGCAAAGUAGAUUUCAUCGUUAUAGUUCCCCGUUCAGAGGUCCUGGUGCAGCAGACCCUUCAACGGAUUCGACAAUCAGGUGUCCUUGUGGACUUGGGCCUAGAAGACAAUGGAACAGCAUAUCAGAGAGCCGAGAAGUACGUGGUUCGGCUUGACAGUGAGAUUCAAACAAAAUUUGAAGUUUUCAUGAGACGAGUAAAGCAGAAUCCCUACACACUGUUUGUGCUGGUUCAUGACAAUGCUCACGUGGAUUUAACAAGUGCCAUUUCAAGUUCCCUGUCACAUGGUGAGCCUAGUCAUGGUCUGGCUGAUAGAGUUAUUAAUUGCAGGGAGGUCCUUGAAGCAUUCAACCUCCUUGUUCUUCAGGUCAGCUCUUUUCCUUAUGCCUUACAAACGCAGCAGUCCAGGAUCAGUGCUAGCAAUGAGGUACAUUGGAUACAAUUUGACAAUGUGGAUGAUGCAGCAAGUGAAGACAAGCUGUACUUUGGUUUGAAUGAAUACAGCAAAUCACUCCAAUGGGGAGUCACAAGUCCCCUUCUGAGAUGUGAUGAAACCUUUGAAAAAAUGGUCAACACGCUUUUAGAAAGGUACCCCCGGCUGCACAGCAUGGUGAUCCGCUGCUACCUUCUCAUUCAGCAGUAUUCCCAAGCUCUGAUGGCUCUCACAACCAUGGCCUCACUAAGAGAUCACAGCACACCUGAGACACUCAGCAUAAUGGAUGACCUUAUCACUUCUCCAGGAAAGGAUAAGAACGGCUGUGGCCACAUGCUUGUCAUUAGGGUGCCAUCUGUGCAGCUAGCCAUGCUGGCCAAGGAGAGGUUACAAGAAGUAAGAGACAAGUUAGGUCUGCAGUAUCGUUUUGAGAUCCUCCUUGGGAAUCCUGCCUCAGAGCUGACUGUCGCGAAACACUUUGUGACACGGUUGAAGGCUUGGAGGGGCAAUGAUCAGGAUGACUGGAUUCCUCGCACCUAUCAGGAUUUGGAAGGUCUACCUUGCAUUGUUAUUCUAACUGGCAAAGACCCUCUGGGAGAAACUUUCCCCAGGUCCUUGAAAUACUGUGACCUUCGACUAAUUGACUCAAGCUACUUAACCCGGACUGCGUUAGAGCAAGAAGUAGGCCUGGCAUGCUGCUAUGUCUCGAAGGAGGCAAUUCGAGGGCCUAUUGUUGCUCUUGACCUUACUGAGAAGGAGCAUGAGAAGGCUAAUGGUAGCGAGAAUGAGUCUGAUGAGCUGUUGAUAGACUUGGACCGACCCCAGAGUAAUAGCAGUGCCGUCACUGGAACGUCAGGUUCUCUGGCUGACAACGGUGUGAGCUCCUCAAGCACUGCGGACAAGUCUCAGAAGCAAGCACCCUCACUUAACUUUCAGACUGUGGCGCACAGCUCAGUAGAUGAGGGAACUUUCACAGCUGGAGAGACCCUGAAACAAGAAUGUGACUCCCUGGGUAACCAGAUGGCGAGCAGCACCACUUCAAAACUGUCAUCGCUGUCUUCGGUCUCCCAGACGUUCCAGUGGCCUGCCCACUCGGCCAAAGACAGCAAGGCGCUCCAUGCUGCGCUGCCACGCAUCGUCAUCCUGUCAAAAGCUGCCUAUUGUCUCCUGAGCUCACAAAAAAGUGGGAAUUUGCCUUCGUCCUCGUCGCUCCUGCCUCACGCUGACGUGUCUUGGGUAGGCUCUCUGAGGCCUUUGCUUCACAAGGACAUGAGCAGUGAAGAACAGUCUCUCUACUACAGGCAGUGGACGACAGCCCGACAGCACCACGCGGACUUCAGCAAUCAGGGCGAGGCGUCUGGCUCAAGGAGUUUUCACCCCAGGCGGCUGCUUUUGACAGGACCACCGCAAGUGGGAAAGACCGGCUCAUACUUGCAGUUCCUAAGGAUUCUCUUCCGCAUGCUGAUCCGGUUGCUGGAAGUAGAUGUGUAUGAUGAAGAAGAAAUUAAUGCCAAUCAUACAGAGAACAGUGAAAUUAGCCAGUCUAGCAAUGACCACUGGCCGGACAUCGAGAGCUUCAGCAAAAUGUCUUUUGACCUGAGUGUACAUGACCCCAAGUACAGAACUGUAAGUCCCGUAUACACGGAACAACUCUCAAGAGUGAAACAAGAAACAAGUAAAGAAACCAAAUCAGAGGAACCUAAGAAAAGGGAGACUGUGUCCAUGAUGUUGACUAAAUAUGCAGCUUACAAUACGUUCCACCACUGUGAGCAGUGCCAUCAGUAUAUGGACAUUAAUCCUACCGUACAGAUCUCUGACUCCACUCUGCAUGCAUUCACGUUUUCAUCCUCGAUGCUAGGAGAAGAGGUUCAACUGCAUUUUAUAAUCCCCAAGUCCAAAGAGAACCAUUUUGUCUUCAGCAAGCAGGGAAAACACCUAGAAAGCAUGCGUCUCCCUCUCGUGUCUGACAAGAAUUUGAAUGCAGUUAAGAGUCCUAUCUUCACUCCAUCAAGUGGACGUCAUGAGCAUGGCCUGUUGAACCUCUACCAUGCCAUGGAAGGCAUCAGCCACCUUCAUCUCCUUGUAGUGAAAGAGUAUGAAAUGCCACUGUACCGUAAAUACUGGCCCAACCACAUCAUGCUUGUCCUGCCCGGCAUGUUCAACAAUGCUGGUGUAGGUGCUGCAAGGUUUCUUAUUAAGGAACUGUCCUACCACAAUCUAGAACUGGAACGGAACCGCUUGGAGGAACUGGGAGUCAAGCGCCAGUGCGUGUGGCCGUUCAUCGUGGUCAUGGACGACUCCUGCGUCUUGUGGAACAUGCACAGUGCCCACGAACAGUCGAGCCAGUCACUGGAGCCUGGGGGUUCCAGCAAGAAUGUGUCUCUGAAGAGUGUCCUGCAACACAUUGAAGCCACCCCCAAGAUUGUUCAUUAUGCAAUACUGGGUGUUCAGAAAUGGAACAGCAAGCUGAAUGCCAGGAAAACGAAGGCUCCAUUCUCCAGGUGCCAUGUGCAUGAUUUUAUACUGCUCAACAUAGACCUGACCCAGAAUGUGCAAUAUGAUCUGAACAGGUAUUUCUGUGAAGAUGUAGAUUUCAAUCUGCGGACGAACAGCAGCGGCCUCCUUAUCUGCCGCUUCAACAACUUCAGUGUCAUGAAGAAACAUAUUCAGGUUGGAGGACAAAAGGACUUUGUCGUUAAGCCAAAAAUCAUGGUUUCGGACAGCCUGGCACCAAUAAUGCCUCUUCAGUACGUCUGCGCCCCUGACAGUGAGCAUACCUUGUUGGCAGCUCCAUCUCAGUUCCUCCUGGAGAAAUUCCUCCAACAUGCAACCUACAAACUCUUCCCGAAAGCCAUUCAUAACUUCAAGAACCCGGUAUUGGCCAUUGACUGCUACCUGAACAUCGGGCUCGAGGUGGCCAUAUGCUAUGUUAGUUCGCGCCCGCACUCAGUCAACGUCAGCUGUGAAGGGGUGUUCUUCAGCGGCCUGCUGCUCUAUCUCUGCGACUCCUUCGUUGGUGCAGACCUCCUCAAGCGGUUCCGGUUUCUGAAAGGCGCCACCUUGUGUGUCAUAUGUCAAGACAGAAGCUCAUUACGGCAGACGAUAGUCCGGCUGGAGCUGGAGGACGAGUGGCAGUUCCGACUUCGAGAUGAGUUUCAAACUGCUAACAGUAGUGAUGAUGAACCUCUCUAUUUUCUUACUGGACGCCAUAUCUAAGCUUCGCUAAGACACCGCUAACAAAGAGAAAAGAACUUUUUGUUUUUUAAAACAAGUACAAUCACUGUGGAGCAAAGUGCAACCAAUAUUUAUCUAGACUGCUCGAAAGGAUUCCCC